AUGUUUAGCAUUCUCGCACACCGCUUCCCUUCUUUUGGCGUGGUUACAGAUCCUACUGUCGAUAUCAUAGGAAGUAGCUUGCAUGAUGAUGAGAAGGAGAACAGUGAUCUUGGUGGUGGUGGCGAAAGCAAGGACUCCUCCGACUCGCCCAGUAAUGCUGAUACUGAGGACAAAUCUGACUCCGACUCUAACAGCAAGCGACGAGAACAUUCAAGCCGCGCUCGAAAGCGCACACGUGUCUCGAUCAAAUCCUUGUCAAGGGCUGGCUUGGAUUCUUCUGAUGGAAAAAGGCUCCUUGCUUCAAUGAACUCUUAUGCAGGAACAGGAUGCAAACAAGGUGUUCUGAAGGAUUCUAUCAAGGUUCUUAAGUCCGGUUUACCUGCGGUUUCUACAGCUCAUUAA